UUCCGGGGUCAGAGGUUGCGCUUUUGGAAGUUUCUAGCAAUGAGAAACAUGUGAGAUGUUAAAGUUCUGUACAUUCUCUACAGAUAUAUCUGCAUUAACUGUGUUUGGAAGAUCAGCGGCUCUUUAUUUCUCGAAUGAGUUUCUACAGUAAAUGUGAAGAUGUUCGGCUGUUUAGUCGCUGGAAGACUGGUGCAAACGGAUGUGCAGCAGGUCGCUACUGAUAAGUUCGUGUUUAAUUUACCAGACUAUGAGAAUGUGAAUCAUGUGGUGGUGUUUAUGUUGGGUACAGUGCCCUUCCCGGCGGGCAUGGGUGGUGCUGUGUACUUCUCUUUUCCUGAUCCCUCUGUGGGACAGGUGUGGCAGCUGUUGGGCUUCAUCACGAAUGAGAAACCCAGUGCCAUAUUCAAGAUCUCUGGUCUGAAAGCUGGUGAAGGUGGAGCUCAUCCGUUUGGAAUGAUGGGGGUUCCUCAGGCUCCUUCGGUCGCUCAGGUCGGAGUUUCUGUGGAGGCUUUAGAUCUGCUCGCACAACAAACACCAGUAUCUAAUGCAACUGUUUCCACAGUGGACUCAUUUACACAGUUCACACAGAAGAUGUUGGAGAGCUUGUACAACUUCACGUCCUCGUUUGCACUGUCACAAUCACAGAUGACACCAAACCCUUCAGAGAUGUACGUUCCUGCGAGCUCCAUCCUCAAAUGGUAUGAAAACUUUCAGAGAAGAAUGAUGCAGAACCCUAACUUCUGGAAGACUUGACAUGCUUCUCUUUCUUUCAUUUAACAGUUUGACACAUUUCCUCAUUGAGGAACAUAUAAUCUUUCAUUUAAUGUUCAUUUUUAUCAUUGAUGAGGAGUUUCAUUUGUUCUUGAGAAUUUAGUUUUUCUUUGAACUUUGCAGAGCUCAUCAUUCACUUGUUUUCUGAAGAUAUUUAUAUAAACUGUGCUGAACUCAAAAUAAACACAAUCUCUGACGUAUUUGGUUAAUAUACUGUAUAUUGAGUGCUGUUGUUUUUAUUUUUCCAAUCUACACUAAUGUGGUUUAAAAAACUCUGUCAGUGAGAAAUUCACUCUCAGUAAUCCCCAUUCAUUCAUUCAUUUAUUUCACAAGGUCUGACUGAUUUAGGAAAUAUGAAUUACAGUAUAUUGUCAUAUUUAAUAGUCUUUAGCGAUAGGACUCCUGACAUCUUGCCAAAUGAGUUGUUGUGAUUUAUAUUUACUGUGUGUGUUCAAAUAACUCUGAAAUAUAAUACAGAAACAUUUAAAACAUUUAAAGUUCAGAUUUAUGCACCUAUUAACAGAUGUGACGUCACUGCAUAGUGUCUUUAGAAACUGAUUUAUCAAAAUGAUCAUGAGAGCAAGAAAAUGAAUCUUUAGCCUGUGUUAACUUCUUGUUACUGCAUGUUUGUAAACUAAUAUAAUUAUUAUUUACUUCAGUAGUAAUUUCAGAACUUGAAUAAUGUUUUAUUAUCAUUAAAUUGAAAUGUGUGAAGAUGCUUGCGCUCAUCUGUUGACUCUCGAGACUCUGAUGACGGUUAAGUCUUAUUCAAAUGCUCAAAUAAAUAAAAUAUAUGAAAUAUUCCAUCAUAUUAGUCACAGCAAUACUGGAAGAAUGUAAGAGGAGAAUGACCUUUAGGGUUAGAAUAAAAAUAUCUUAUUGCAGAAAUACAGCUGACAUUUUUAUUCCUGGCAGAUAUUGAUCAUAUUUGGGUGUAAGUGUAGUGUUUCAAUGAGAGACUCAUGAAGGUCAGAACUUUAUUUUGACACUCAGUUACAGUACCGCAGCACUGUGGCAGCAGUGGAGUCAUUCAGGUUCCUGGGCACUACCAUCUCACAGGACCUGAAGUGGGAGAUCCACAUUGACUCUAUUGUGAAAAAGGCCCAGCAGAGGUUGUACUUCCUUCGCCAGCUGAGGAAGUUCAACCUGCCACAGGUGCUGCUGAUACAGUUCUACUCAGCAGUCAUUGAGUCUGUCCUCUGCACUUCUAUAACUGUCUGGUUUGGUUCAGCUACGAAAUCAGACAUCAGAAGACUAUAAAGGACAGUUCGGACUGCUGAGAGGAUAAUUGGUUGCCCCCUGCCCCCCCUUCAAGAACUGUACACUUCCAGAGUGAGGAAAAAGGCUGAAAAAAUCACAAUGGACCCCACUCACCCUGCCCACUACCUUUUUGAACUGUUGCCUUCUGGCUGGAGCUACAGAGCUCUGAGCACCAGAACCGUCAGGCACAGGAACAGUUUUUUCCCACAGGCUAUCCCUCUCAUGAACAGUUAAAACUGCCCCAUUGAGCAAUAACUAUGUGCAAUACACAGUUUAGUCUUUUUUAUAUUUAUCUAACACAUCCAACCUCUUCUGCAUUACAUUCCCUUGCACUGUACAUAACAGAUUUGGAUAUUGUAUACACACACACACACACACACACACAUAUAUAUAUAUAUUGUCUUUUGGUGUAUUUCUAUAUAUACUUUAUUUUCUACUCACUUUUUAUUUUUAUUCUUUUCUUUUUGUUGUAUUGUUGUUUACUGGAAGCUUCUGUCACCAAGACAAAUUCCUUGUAUGUGUAAAAAUACUUGGCAAUAAAGCUUAUUCUCAUUCUGUUUAAUCUUAUAUACCCAAACUACAGUCUGCAGGUCACAAACAACUGAUUAAAUAAUGAAAACCAUGUUACUGACUGAUCAUUUAUAAACAUGAACAUUUCACAUUUACAAACACUCAAAUAUGAUAUGGA